GUCUGUGGUGAUAGUGCCCCUCUUGAGAGGUUGCAGGUCAGCACUCGUUGAUAUCACCUCUGGCUCUGAUUCUGUCACGUCCAUUUCCAAUGACAAUAGCAUAACACCAAUCAAGAAUGAUAAGAAAUGACACUUAUCAAUUCCAACCUCGAAUCCAACUCCAGCCCGUGAGAGUGGCUCGCAUAAUAACAUUGACAAGCUAUGUCGUGCAGAAGACAAAAGGUGUCGACACCAUUUUGAUUCCAUCUCAGGCAUCCUCAGUGACAUGGCCAAGUCACCGGCAUGUCCUCGCCAUUUCCCAAGUCCUCCUCGAGCCCCGGCAGGGGCCACAUCACCGUCAAGCUCCUCCCGCACCGCAUCUCUGCCCUUGAGAGCAUCACAUACCAGUAUCCGCUGAAACUCAUUUCGCCGCAUCCGACCUCGGCUGGCGCAAACCAGCCCAGCGUCCUCGUCUUCCUGCUCUCCUAUGGCGGCGGGCUCGUCGGCGGCGACCAGGUCGACCUUUCGGUGACCGUGCAUGAGAAAGCACGCCUGAGCAUCGUCACACAAGGCCACACCAAGGUGUUCAACUCGAUCAAGCCGGAGAUCGUGACGCGGCAGUCUAUGACCGUAGAGAUCCGCGCCGGUGCCGCGCUGUGCCUCCUGCCGGACCCCGUGCAACCUUUUGAGCGCAGCGUGUACGAGCAGACACAGAUCUUCCGGCUGAAAGGAGAAGGUGCCUCGCUCGUGCUUCUCGACUGGGUCACGCAGGGCCGCCUGGCUAGGGGCGAGGACUGGAGUCUGACGCACUGGUCCGGGAGGAACGAGGUCUGGAUCGCCGCGGAUGACCUGAAUCCUACCGGGACUGCCGAUGGCAGUCAUGUCCCCACAGAGAGGCUUCUUGUCAGGGACUCCAUCACGCUCGACGGUGUCCCUGGACCUGCGCAGGGGCAGACGCUCAAGAAUCAAUUGCACGGAAACGCUGUGAUAGGAACUCUGGUGUUGAGAGGUCCCCUGACCAGCGCACUUGGAGAAUUCUUCCUCAAAGAGUUUGAGCUCUUGCCAAGGCUGGGAUCUCGAGAUUUUGAGAGGAAGAAGGCGAUUACUACAGAUCUCGAGCAUUGGCGGGUGAGACGCUUGCAGCACGAGAAACUGAACGCCGUGCUGUGGUCAGCGGCAAGAGUUCGUGGGUGCGUCGUGGUCAAAUUUGGCGCGGCCAGUGUCGAAGCUGGAAGGGAGUGGAUAGGAGCAAUGCUCCUGCAUGAAGGGAGUGUUGAGUCCGCGUUUGGAGCGCAAGCCCUGAUGUGCUUGCGUUGAUUUCAGAUGCAGCAAAUCAUAGACACAAGAAGCACUCUCGUUCUCAUUUAUUGCAAUAU